GGUUUAAUCACAGGGUCCUAGAUCUUGCUUCAUCAGCCACUCCUUAGGUAAAAUCUCUGUCGCGGACUUCAGGGGUUUCUUGCCAAAAUGCUCUCCCAUCAUCCAAGGAGAAUGUAAAGGCUGGCUAUUCCCGCUCGCAAUCUCUAUUUACAACGCUCUCCUGCUCCUAACACGGUACAACUCGUUUUCCUAUGUCUACUACCCAUAUCCAUGUCCCGUUGAACCCGACUACAUCCAGGAAUGCCUACAAAUUACACACAAGUGCAUCAAUCUCCAUCAGGGCCCGGUGAUGCUCGGCCAAUCGCUUGUCAAAUCAUCGAGGACGAGCAUCUUGAAGGUCAGUGGGACGGCAAGGUCAUUCUGGUCACCGGAUGCUCGUCCGGGCUGGGAGUUGAGACUGCUCGUGCACUGUACAGAACUGGAGCUACGUUGUAUCUGACUGCACGAGACAUUGAUAGAGCUCGAGCAGCCCUAGACGACAUCGCCCCUAGCCCACGGGUUCACUUCUUGCAUCUCGAUCUCGGCUCCUUGAAGUCUGUCCACGCCUGUGCAAAUGCAUUCAAGGCACGUUCAGAAACACUUCACGUCCUCAUCGAAAACGCCGCUGUGAUGGCCUGUCCGGAAGGUCAAACUACGGAUGGCUUCGAAACCCAGUUCGGCACCAACCAUCUCGGUCAUUUCCUCCUCUUUCAUCUACUGAAACCCGUUUUCCUCUCGUCUUCGGAACCCGCAUUCAACUCGCGCGUAAUCAUCGUCUCCUCUGUCGCCCAUCAGUACAGCGCUGUCAACUUUGACAACAUCAACCUCGUCGGUGAAUACGACCCCUGGAAAGCGUACGGUCAGAGCAAAACGGCGAAUAUCUGGACGGCCAACGAGAUCGAUCGGAGGUAUGGUGCACGUGGACUACACGCAUGGAGUUUGCAUCCAGAGGCGAUCGCCAUAAAUCUUCAACGGUAUAUUCCUGAGGAACAGAAGCGGUUAUGGACACAGGAUGACAAUUCUCAGAAGUACUGGAAAAGCCCCGAGCAGGGCGCGUCUACGACCAUUUGGGCGGCUAUUUCGAGGAAAUUGGACGGAGCUGGAGGAAGAUACUUAGAAGAUUGUUCAAUCGCGGUAGCAGAUGCGAACGGCGAAAGUCCCGGUCUUGCCGCCUGGACGUAUGAUCCUCUCGGCGAAGCGAAGUUGUGGGAUCGGACCCUGGAGUUAUUGCGGCUGAAUGAAUGA